GCCCCGCCGUUCUGUCCUUCAGCGGAUACGUAAACAGUCAACUGCGACUUGGGCAGGCGACUCCUUCUGCCAAGGGGGGUGAAGGUGUGCCGGGGAAAGGAGAGGGCGAGAGAAAGAAAGAGAGAGAGAGGGAGGGCAGGCGCGACACGAGGCGCAGGAGGCGGCACGGGAGCAUCCUGAGAGGAGGAGGAGGAGGAGGAGGAGGAGGAGGAGGAAACAGCAGCAGCAGCACCUCCAAGGAGAGGCCCCCUCCCUCCGCCUCCCCCAGCACCCCCCACCAAGAUCAUUCCGAGGAGAAGAGGAGGGCGACGCGAGGCACGCGCGGAACCAGAGCGGCAACGACGACAAUAACAACAACAACAACAAGUGGACGCCUCUGCCUCUGGAGCGAGUGGCCUGAAAUUGGGCAAACUCAACCACCGCAAGGAAGCGGGGAAAGAGGAGGGAGAAGGGGAGCGAAAGACGGCAGCUGCGGUGGUCUGCGUGUGAGGCGCAUCUCCUGCCUGCCGGUAGCAACAGCCGGCCUCCUCGGGGCUCGAGGAAGAGGAGAAGGCGGAGAAGGAGGGAGCCUUUGCAGAGCGUUGGCUGGCAACCACUGCUCCGUGGAGGCGCGCGAGGCGGCCCCAGAGCAGCGCGAGAGGGACUCCCCUCCCGACCCCUGCGGAGAGAGAGAGAGAGAGAGAGCGGGAGAGAGGCCACGCUCCCGCCCCUUCCAGUCCUGCUCCCGAGGGAGGCGGCGUUGGAUGUCUUCUUUCCCUCAGGGAUGGCUAUAGGGUCAAGCACAACGGGGGACAGGAGGCGAAGUGAGCGGCGCCGGGAUGCCCCAUAAGAGCAGCUCAGGGGGUCGCCGUGCUGUGGCUUCUCUUCCCCUCCAGCCCGCGGGGAAGCCAAGGAAAGCCGUCGCCCGUCCGCCUUCCUUCCCCAUACCCUCCUCCUCCUGAGCGCCGCACCUGUGAAAACAGGUUGCUCAGAACAGCCUCCCCCCUCCCUCCCUUCCUCUCUCUCUCUUUGCAGAUCCUCAACGCUGCCUUUUCUCUGCCCACCGCGGUUAAACAUGUCUGCUGCACAAGACUAACCGAAAGGUGCUCCAUUCCUUUCUGUCCAAUGGGAAACAAAGAACCAGUAUUUCAACCAUCUCCUCCUCAUCCACCUUCUCUCCCCACAAUCGCUGUCCCAGUCAAUGCUUUGCCCAGUUUAAAACACUGUUGAGAGACUGACGGAUGUGGUUAUGAGAAGACCUCCUCACUGUGUAAACAAAAUGAAAACUGGAAGCUCCUUCAACUUUCUAAAGAAAUUUAUCAGCAAUCUCAUUUCUAAGCUGUUGUGAGAAUUCUGACUGUUUUGCACUUGAUUAUGCAAGAAUUCAAAGAGUUUUUUUGUGGGGGAGAAAAACCAGUGCCCUGUCUUUGUUUGCUUAAGUGCAUCGCCUGCAUGAUGCAAAACAUUCAAAAUCAUGAACUCAGAGCUAUGGAUUUUUCAUAAAACUCUGAAGAAAACCCUAACCAAUGGAAUAUCAUAGAUAAAAGGACACCAAAUAUAUUGUCUGGCUACAUCAGCAGAUUCUGUGCUGUACCUGUGAACAUACAUUUGAGGAAUUUUUGUGUCAAAAUCCUCUAUACCCUAAGAAAUGGAACUCUUGCCUCUGAGAAAUCUAUGGUGUGAAAACUCAAGUCGUUUGCUAGCCUGAGACAACACUUUUUCCAAAACAUGGCUUUCCAAACUUUAGUGGUCUUAUCAUUCUCAUGCAGUGAUAAAGGCUAAGAAAACAGACAUCUUUUUCUUCUUAAGUAUUCAAAAACAAGCACAUACAACAUGGAGGUUGCAAUGGUAAGCGCGGAGAGCUCUGGGUGCAAUAGUCACAUGCCUUAUGGAUAUGCAGCCCAAGCAAGAGCCAGGGAGAGAGAACGACUAGCACAGUCCAGGGCGGCGGCAGCGGCAGCUGUAGCAGCAGCAACAGCAGCAGUAGAAACAGGUUCUGGAGGUGGAGGAGGGCCCCAUCAUCACUACCACCAGGAACAGGGGCGUGGGGCUUCCUCAUCUUCCUGUGGCGGGAACACAUCACACAGUGGGUAUAGUCAAAAUGGCAGAAGAAAAAAACAUCGGAGGAAAAAGACUCGUUGUCUUGGCAGCAGGGAGUUUGGUUCCUCUUUCCCUUGCUCUGAAUUGUUGCCUCUCAGUGGCUCUGAGGAAAAGAUCCUCAAGGAUUUGAGUGAAGAGGAUGAGGACGAGGAAGAAGAGGAGGAGGAAGAUGAUGGAGAGGAUGAAGAAGACGAGCGGAAGUUGUACUACAGUGAUGAGGAUGGUGAAGAUGAGCUUUCCUUUACAGACCACCCUCCUGAAGAUGGUGCUGGACCUGGAGGUUACACUUCUGUCCGCUAUAGUGAGUAUGAGUGUUGUGAACGGAUUGUCAUCAAUGUGUCUGGCCUGAGGUUUGAAACCCAGAUGAAGACCCUGGCUCAGUUCCCCGAGACACUACUGGGUGAUCCUGCUAAGCGGGGCAGGUAUUUUGACCCACUCCGGAAUGAGUAUUUUUUUGACAGGAACCGUCCCAGCUUUGAUGCCAUUUUAUAUUACUAUCAGUCUGGUGGGCGUCUGAAAAGGCCAGUUAACGUGCCCUUUGACAUUUUCAGUGAGGAAGUAAAAUUCUAUGAACUUGGGGAAGAGGCCAUGCUCAAGUUCAGAGAAGAUGAAGGGUUUGUCAAGGAGGAAGAUGACAAGGUGUUGCCUGAAAAUGAAUUCAAGAAACAAAUAUGGCUGCUCUUUGAGUACCCUGAGAGCUCUAGCCCAGCCCGAAUCAUUGCCAUAGUCUCAGUGUUGGUCAUUUUAAUUUCUAUUGUCAUUUUCUGUCUUGAGACGCUGCCAGAGUUCAGAGAUGAGAAAGAGCUCAUUUUGACCCAAAACUUGGAGAAUGUUAAUGAGACCCUGCUGCAAAGUGGGGGUUACACCAUCUUUAAUGAUCCCUUUUUCAUUAUUGAGACCGUCUGCAUCAUUUGGUUCUCUUUUGAGUUUACAGUGCGUUGCUUUGCCUGCCCUAGCAAAGCAGCUUUCUUCAAGAACAUCAUGAACAUCAUAGACAUCGUUUCCAUUUUGCCUUACUUCAUCACCCUGGGCACAGACUUGGCCCAGCAGCAGGGCAGUAAUGGUCAACAGGCCAUGUCCUUUGCCAUCCUGAGAAUCAUCCGUCUUGUCAGGGUGUUUCGCAUCUUCAAGCUCUCUAGACAUUCGAAGGGUUUGCAGAUCCUGGGUCACACUCUCAGGGCCAGUAUGAGGGAACUGGGACUCCUAAUCUUCUUCUUAUUUAUUGGAGUCAUUUUGUUUUCCAGUGCUGUUUAUUUUGCAGAAGCUGAUGAAGCUGCCACCCAUUUUCAAAGCAUCCCAGAUGCCUUUUGGUGGGCUGUUGUGACCAUGACUACGGUUGGCUAUGGGGACAUGAAGCCUAUAACUGUAGGUGGGAAAAUAGUUGGGUCCCUGUGUGCCAUUGCAGGUGUGUUGACCAUUGCUUUACCAGUGCCAGUGAUUGUCUCCAACUUUAACUAUUUUUACCACAGAGAGACUGAUAAUGAGGAACAGACCCAGCUGACACAAAAUGCAGUCAGUUGUCCAUACCUUCCAACUAUAAUCAAGAAAUUUCGAAGUUCAUCUUCUUCUUCCACAGAGGACAAAUCAGAAUAUUUGGAGAUGGAGGAAGGGAUUAAAGAGUCUCUCUGUGUGAAGGAAAAAAAGUGUCAGGUCACAGGAAAUGGGAAUGAGACAGCAAAACAAAACUGUGUAAAUGCAAAAUCUGUGGAAACGGAUGUUUAAUUUUGACUGUUUCCAAACCUAUUUAUGCAUUAAAGAGUGCAUUGGUUAAAAAUGAAAUAUGCAAAAUGGAGUCCAGAUAAGCAUAUAGAAAUAUGCCGUUUACUGGUUAUAUAUGAAUUACAAAGCAUUAGUUGAACUUGUAUUGCAUAUCAAGAAAGUGAUAUACCUUGUGAAGGGGGCUUUACCUGAAAUAGUUUCAAAGUUUAUAUUUUUACUAGAAUGCAGGAGUUUUGCACAUGAGGGAGAUAAUUUUACUUUUAAGGAGGAUGUGUUUAAACUAUCCACCUCACAUACUGCCCACUGGUAAAAGUUAGCAUUUCAAGGUAUUUACUAUGUAAGAAAAAAUGAAGUUCAGUAGCCAUGUAUUCAUUUGUUAAUGCUUUAAAACAGCUACCAUAAUUCAGUCGAUUCCAUAGCCUUUGAUUUCAAAAUGCUAAGGAUUAUUGUGGGAAACUUUAUGGAAAGUCCAAAUUUAAUCUUAAAAAUGCUUAAAUAUAUUUUUUACAAAACAACAAAUGGAUGUCCAAUUGUUGAAGAUGAAACAGAGCCCCCAGAAAUGGUUUAUUUUUGUAUCAGUGUUUUGGAGAUCUGGCAGCAUUUGUUAUAUGAAAGAAUUGAAGUAAGAAAAUCAUUUCACAUGGUCUGGAUGCAGUGGAAAAGUGACUGGAUUGCUUUUUUGCACUACUUUAUAUGCUGGAGAAAUUCUGACAGAGACUUCAUACUGUGAAUGUUUACUAAUGUUCAAUGACAAUCAUUGGAAGAGUGAAUCCCACAUCUUUAUUUUCAUGUAUUUAUUCUUUGCGUGAUACUGAUUGGCUAAGUGGAUAACUUUAAAUGAAUUCCAUGGUCUUUUAAUUACAAAUAUCUGUUAUCUGGAAAAAAGGAUUGUAAAGUAAAAUUUUAUAAUCAUC